AUGGAUCUGAUAAAGUACAUUUUUGAGAAUCCCAUUGUCAGUGGAAGAAUUGGUCGGUGGAAAAUACUAUUAACCGAGUACGACAUCCAAUAUGUAACACAGAAAGAUAUCAAUGGGAGCAUCUUGUUUGACUACCUUGCACAUCAACCUGUGGAGGGUUAUCAACCUAUGAAGUUUGACUUUCUUGAUGAGGAAAUCAUGUUCAUUAGAGAUUGUAAUAUUCUAGGCCUUAACAAAGGACCCAAACCAGGAUCACAGUGGACGCUCGUGUUCGACGGCGCCUCUAAUGCAAAGGGUCAUGGGAUAGGAGCAAUCAUCACAUCUCCGACUAGUUUUUAUAUUCCAUCCACCGAUAGAUUAUGCUUUGACUACACCAAUAAUAUGUCAGAAUAUGAGGCAUGUGUCUACGGUAUUGAAGCAACUAUUGACUUAAAAACCAAGAUUCUUGAAGUGUAUGGAGACUCUGCUUUAGUGAUCAGUCAAGUUCGAGUAUACUGGGAAACUCGAGAUAAGAAGUUGAUUCCAUAA